AUGAAGUUGAACUUUGACGGCUUAGUUCGAAAUGAGGUUGCGACUACAGGGUUUGUAAUUAGAAACUGGGAUGGGCAUGUGAUGCUUGCUAGUGUCAAGAAAAUUGGACAAACUUCCAUUACUGUUGCAGAAUGCCUGACUCUUAGGGAUGGUUUGGCUUAUACGGUUCAUAAGAGCACCUCCACCCCAAAUGGCAAGUGCAAGGCAAAUGCAAGGCAAGGUUUGUCAUUAUUCACAUGA